AUGGCUCCAUCCUACGCUGACAUUCAAAAGGCUUCCAACGACUUGUUGGGCAAGGAUUUCUUCCACCUUUCUACUGCAUCUGUUGAUGUUAAGUCUACUGCUCCAAAUGGUGUUACUUUCACUGUUAAGGGUAAGACUGCUAAGGACAACUCAAUUGCUGCUUCCGUUGAAGCCAAGUACGUUGACAAGGCCACUGGUUUGACCUUGACCGAAGGCUGGAACAACGCCAAUAACUUGUCUACCAAGAUUGAAUUAUCUGAAUUGUUGACUCCUGGUUUGAAGGGUGAAUUGGAUACUUCAUUGGUUCCAAACGGUACCAGAAAUGCCAAGUUGAACUUUUUCUACCAACAAUCCGCUGUCAAUGCUAGAUUCUUCUUUGACUUGUUGAAGGGUCCAAUUGCCACUGCUGAUUUGGCAGUUAAUCACGAUGGUUUCACUGCUGGUGCCGAAUUGGGUUAUGAUAUCUCCUCUGCUAAGGUUAACAAGUACUCUGCUGGUUUAGGUUACGCUUCUCCAGUCUACUCUGUUUCCGUCACCGGUACCUCCAACUUGUCUGUCUACACUGCUGCUUACUACCACAAGGUUUCUCCAUUUGUUGAGGCUGGUGCCAAAGUUGCCUGGGACUCUGUCAAGUCCAAUGGUGUUGCUGUUGAAUUUGCCACCAAGUACGUUUUGGACAAGUCUGCUUUUGUUAAGGCUAAGAUUGCCGACUCUGGUUUGGCUGCUUUGGCUUACUCCCAAGAAUUGACUCCCGGUGUCAAGUUGGGCUUGGGUGUUGGUUUCAACGCCUUGAAGUUGGCUGAACCUGUCCACCAAUUAGGUUUCUCCUUGUCUUUUGCUGCUUAA